AUGAAUUAAUGUCUAAAUAAGCUUUUAGUAUUAUUCAAUCUAGCAUAUGAGUUUAUCUUAUAAAAACUUGUAGAAAUACUUUAAACAGGAGGAAUCAUUAGACCUGCAAUUAGAGAACCUCCAAUUUUAACACUAGAAUUACAACCUAUUGAUUAAUCAUUAAAAUAACCCUUAACGUUACACUCAUCUUCCUCAACUCCUGUUUUUACUAAAAAUGAAUCUAUAUAUAGAAGGGCAGAAUCUGAAAAAGAAUUUAGAAAGUGUAUUAUACCAAAGUAUUUUUUUAUAUUAGUUAAGUCUAGGUGACACAAUCAACAAAGUUGAAUGCUACUCUAGAGACAUAUCCUUACUAAAUUUAUUUGAUGAGAAAUAAGAUUCUAAUCAAAAUCAAAAUUAAUUAGAUAAUCAUAAUAUAAGAAAUAAAUUAUAACCAAUAAUAGAAGAACAAAAAGUAUGUAAUAAUCAAGAGAAUAUAGAAGUUGAAGGAAUUAAUUAAUACUCUAUUAAUCAUUAAUAGCAUAUCUAAAAUCAAUAAAAUAAUUAACAUUCAUAAGAAUAAAUAACAUAAGAUUAAUUUUAUUCAAUCAUUGAUAAUCCAAACAAAAUUACUUAAUCAGAAUAAUUUUAUAGCAUUAUCGAUAGAAGUUCUUUUAGGCAUAGUUUCAAUAAGAAUUUGCCAAAAAAGUGA